GCAAUACAACAUAUUAGAUUGCAGGUGGAAGCAGCGCAGAAUCAUUAAGAGCUUAAGUUUCCACUGGCCAGAUGCAGCAACUCUUUCAUUUUCGAUUCCUGGAAAUAGUAGCAGUGAUGCUCUUCGUCCUCGGCCAGUCCUCAUCUUCAGGAGAUGCAAUGAUCCAGGACACUUCACUUGUGAAUGGCCAGACUUUGAGAUCGACAGGAGAAUUGUUCCAACUGGGCUUCUUCAGCCUAGAUAAUAGUUCAGCGAAGGGAUACUUAGGAAUCUGGUACUGCAAUUUCACACCGCAAGAAGGCAUCGUAGUAUGGAUCGCCAAUCGGAACAAGUCUGUCAACACAUCCAUGGCAUCCUUCAACCUCACUUCCGAUGGAAAUCUAAUCUUAUUUGAGGAUGACCAAACUGUUUGGUCAACGGGAACGAGAUCCACAGGACUCAAUUCUGCACGCUUGCAGCUUUUAGAUUCUGGAAAUCUCGUGCUGAACGACAGCAACUUGAUUCUAUGGCAGAGCUUUGAGCACUCAAAUGACAGCAGCACACAGCUCCCUGGCAUGAAGUUCGGAUUUGUCAAACGGACCAACACAUCACGGCGGCAAGUGUCAUGGAAAAACUUCACGGAUCCUUCUCCGGGAGACUACAUCCAUAUGAUUCGUGCUCUACCUAUUCCGGAUUUGGUCAUUUUUAACGGAUCCGCCAAAUACCAUCGCAGCGGCCUAUGGAACGGAUAUGGGUUCGUCGGCUAUCCAUCGAUAGCAAGCAACCAGGUGACCAAACCAGCAAAUUACAUGUUUGUGUCCAACGAGAAUGAGAGCUAUUUUAUGGUUAAUUACAGAGCCUCACCGACGCCGGUACUGAUUCGGUCAACGUUGUGGGCCAAUGGAACCAUCCAGCGUUGGUUUCUUGACAGAGGUGGCAACAGAGAGUGGCAGCUUCUGUCGUCGAUUCCGGCGGACGAGUGCGAUAUGUACAAUCUCUGCGGCCGCAACAGAGUGUGCACCAAUAAAUACGUUGCUGUCGACUGCCAGUGCUUGGACGGGUUCGUAAAUAUUUCGGAGAAUGGAAGAGAGGCCGGAUGCGAGAGGGAAAAGCCUUUGAAUUGCUCGUCGAACCAGUUUUCCAAGGUGCAGAACGUGAAGGUGCCUGACACUGAGAACGCUACAGCACGAGGAAACAUGAGUCUCGAUGACUGCAAGAAUUUGUGCUUGGAUAAUUGCUCAUGCGUGGCGUAUGCGGUGAUCAGUGGGUCUUAUGGAUGCAUAACUUGGCUUGGUGAUCUGUUGGAUCUCAGAACUUUUGUCGAUGAAGGAGAUGAUUUAUACGUUCGGCUCGCAGAAUCAUCCACAAAGAAGCACGUCUGGGCGGCGAUAGCCAUUCCUCUGUUACUGGGAUUUUUUCUUCUAUGUUGUGUUAGCGUACUCGUUUGGAGGAAGAGAAAAAGAGCGUCAACCAGAUUGCCAUUACAAUUGCCAAAUGUAAAGGAAGGUAACUCGACGACUUGUGAUGAUGUAUCAGAGUCCAAGUUGGUCUCGAUCGACUCAGAAGAUUCUCGUCUGCAUAAUACUGAUAAAGGAGUAGAUAUGAUCAAUACAUUGGGGUUACUACCUUCCUAUGAUUUGGGAACAAUAAAAACUGCAACAAAUAAUUUCUCUGACGAAAACAAACUGGGAGAAGGUGGAUUUGGUGUUGUUUACAUGGGUCAAUUGGAAGAUGGACAAAAGAUUGCUGUCAAGAAAUUGUCAAGAAACUCCUUACAAGGCCCAAAUCAAUUCCAAAAUGAACUCUCACUGAUAGCCAAGUUACAACAUAGAAACCUUGUUCGACUUUUAGGAUGUUGUAUCGAAGACACGGAGAGAAUUAUAAUUCUUGAAUACAUGGAAAACAAGAGCUUAGACGCCUUCAUUUAUGAUAAAACAAAAUGUUCCUUGCUAAAUUGGCAAAAACGUCUUGAGAUUAUAGUUGGUAUUGCUCGAGGACUUUUGUACCUUCAUCAAGACUCUAUCUUGAGAGUCAUUCAUCGCGAUCUUAAGCCAAGUAAUAUCCUUCUUGAUAAGGACAUGAUUCCAAAGAUUUCAGAUUUUGGCAUUGCAAGGAUAUUUGAAGGAGAUAGAGCUCUUGAGGAUGGAACCACAAGACCGAUUGGAACAUUUGGAUAUAUGGCUCCUGAGUACUUGUUAUAUGGACAAUUCUCAUUUAAGUCAGACGUAUUUAGUUUUGGUGUGAUAGUACUAGAAAUCUUGAGCGGCAAGAAGAAUCGAACAUUCGGUCAAACAAAUUCUAAUUUAAACCUUUUACAACAUUCUUAUAAACUUUGGAAGGAAGGUAGAUCCUUGGAAAUUCUCAAUGAUGCAGUAAGUUGCUCAUAUCCAACAAUCGAACUUUUACGUUGCAUUCGAAUGGCUCUUUUAUGUGUACAAGAUAACCAUGAAGAAAGACCAACAAUGACAGAGGUAGUGAUGAUGUUAGCAAGUGAUGAGCAACUUCUAACUCCACUCAAGCAACCUACAAUAACAUCAAUUUAUAGUGAAGGAGAUUGCUCUACUAAAGAAAUGAGUAUCACAAUCACAGGUCGAUAAAUUGAUGAAAUGUAUGCCCUUCACUUGUUUGAAUAUUAUUUUACUAUAAACUAAUACUUUAAUAUUUUAUGUCUAAAUUAUAAUUAAAUCACGUCGAUUCAAUAUAAUACUAUUGGUUGAAUUUGAACAUGCUCUAUAUAAUACUAUUGGGUGUAAGACUAUUUCUUAUCUAGAAAGAGAGAUUGAUGGCCACUUGUUGCGAU